AUGAUUGAAAUAACUGUGAAUGACCGACUGGGGAAGAAAGUUCGGAUUAAGUGUAACCCAACCGACACUAUUGGGGACCUAAAGAAGCUCAUUGCCGCUCAGACUGGUACCAGGCCUGAAAAAAUUGUGCUUAAGAAGUGGUAUAACAUUUACAAGGACGAAAUAACGCUUUUGGACUAUGAAAUACACGACGGCUUUAAUUUUGAACUAUACUAUAAAUGA